CUUUCUCUUAAAGUCCUACAAUGGAGUGCUUAUGAGGGAUAAAAGUCAUUAAAAGUGUGAAUUGUAGGCAAUAUAAGGGCAGAAGUGGUGUACAUUAUUCUUUAUGUUCCAUAAUAGCUAAAGAGUAGCUUCUGACAUACUGUAUUUCAAUGAUUGUUUUAUGAUAGACUUUGAGGCAGAAUAUUUUUAAAAACUGCGGUGUAAUAGAAGUAUUUGUGCACUAGUACUAAUACCAUGUGUAUUAAACAAAUACGCGUUUACGAAUGAUCCAUGAAAAUGUCCAAAAAUUGAAACAAUUUACAGUGACCCGGGAAGUGAUUAAACCAAGAACCUCAGGAUCUUUCUUGUACUUACAUAAUCAGUCACAUGAUGUCGCUGUACACUUAAAAGGCGAAAAAGGAAAAUUUUCUCUCCGCGCCCAGAUUCCAACCAUUCACAGAGUAGGAUGGACUUCAUAUUUACCGGAAUGCUGGGUAAAAUUUACUAAAUAUAUACAUACAGGCAAAGGGAGACUCCUCAUAAAGGUUAUCAGGCCAGCUAUCACUUGAAAUUGACAGUCCUACCUCAGAGAUCUCGUUAUCUGCGAUGGUGUUUCCCUGGUCAGGAGGUCCUGGAGCCCGGCGACUGCUGUUGUCGCUUCUGCUCCUCGCAGCAGGGGAGGCGGGGAGCGGCCAGGUCCACUACUCCGUCCCUGAGGAAGCCAAACACGGCACCUUCGUGGGCCGCAUCGCCCAGGACCUGGGGCUGGAGCUGGCGGAGCUGGUGCCGCGCCUGUUCCGGGUGGCGUCCAAAGGCAGCGGGGACCUUCUGGAAGUAAAUCUGCAGAAUGGCAUUUUGUUUGUGAAUUCUCGGAUCGACCGCGAGGAGCUGUGCGGGCGGAGCCUGGAGUGCAGCAUCCACCUGGAGGUGAUCGUGGACAGGCCGCUGCAGGUUUUCCAUGUGGAGGUGGAGGUGAGGGACAUUAACGACAAUCCGCCGGUGUUCAGAGAAGGAGAACAAACGGUAUUUAUUUCUGAAUCUGCACCUUUGGAAUCUCAUUUUCCUCUAGAGGGCGCUUCCGAUGCGGAUAUCGGCGUAAAUUCUCUUCUGGCCUAUAGUUUAAGCCUAAAUGAAUAUUUUACUCUUAAGAUAACAACGAAAAACGAUAAAAGUGUAUUGCCUGAACUGGUUCUUCGGAAGUCAUUAGAUAGAGAGGAAACGCCAGAACUUAACUUAUUGCUGACCGCCCUGGAUGGCGGUAAACCCGAGCUAACAGGAUCUGUUCAGAUUCAAAUAACCAUCCUGGAUGUGAAUGACAACGCUCCGGAGUUUGAUAAGCCUGGCUAUAAAGUAGCGCUGUUUGAAAAUGUCCCAAACGACACGAGAGUGAUUCAACUAAAAGCUUCUGAUCUAGACGAAGGACUGAAUAGAGAAAUUUCCUAUGGAAUCAGAAUGAUUUUGCCAGUGAGUGAGAAGUGUAUGUUUUCAAUAAAUCCAGAAACAGGUGAAAUAAGAGUUUAUGGGAAACUGGAUUUUGAAGAGAAUAGUGAGUAUGAAAUUCAGGUUAAUGCCAUUGAUAAAGGGAUCCCUUCCAUGGCAGGUCACUGCACAGUCCUGGUGGAAGUUCUGGACCUGAACGACAAUGCCCCUGAGGUAAUGGUCACUUCGCUGUCGCUCCCUGUGCGAGAGGAUGCUCAGGUGGGCACCGUCAUCGCCUUGAUCAGCGUGUCCGACCUUGACUCUGGCGCCAACGGGCAGGUGACCUGCUCGCUAACACCCCAUGUCCCCUUCAAGCUGGUGUCCACUUUCAAGAAUUACUAUUCACUGGUAUUGGACAGCGCUUUGGACUGCGAGAAAGCGGCGAAUUAUGAGCUGGUGGUGACAGCGCGGGACGGGGGCUCGCCUUCGCUGUCGGCCACCGCCAGCGUGUCCGUGGAGGUGGCCGACGUGAACGACAACGCGCCGGCGUUCGCGCAGCCCGAGUACACGGUGUUCGUGAAGGAGAACAACCCGCCCGGCUGCCACAUCUUCACGGUGUCUGCGCGGGACGCGGACGCGCAGGAGAACGCGCGAGUGUCCUACUCGCUGGUGGAGCGGCGGGUGGGCGAGCGCGCGCUGUCGAGCUACGUGUCGGUGCACGCGGAGAGCGGCAAGGUGUACGCUCUGCAGCCACUGGACCACGAGGAGCUGGAGCUGCUGCAGUUCCAGGUGAGCGCGCGCGACGCGGGCGUGCCGCCUCUGGGCAGCAACGUGACGCUGCAGGUGUUCGUGCUGGACGAGAACGACAACGCGCCGGCGCUGCUGCCGCCUGGGGCGGGCGGCGGGGGCGGCGCGGUGAGCGAGCUGGUGGCGCGGUCUGUGGGCGCGGGCCACGUGGUGGCGAAGGUGCGCGCGGUGGACACGGACUCCGGCUACAACGCGUGGCUGUCUUAUGAGCUGCAGCCGGCGGCGGGUGGCGUGCGCAGCCCGUUCCGCGUGGGGCUGUACACGGGCGAGAUCUGCACGACUCGCGCCCUGGACGAGGCGGACUUGCCGCGCCAGCGCCUGCUGGUGCUGGUGAAGGACCACGGCGAGCCGGCGCUGACGGCCACGGCCACCGUGCUCCUGUCGCUGGUGGAGAGCGGCCAGGCGCCGAAGGCCUCGUCGCGGGCGUCGGUGGGCGCCGCGGAGACGGCUCUGGUGGACAUCAACGUGUACCUGAUCAUCGCCAUCUGCGCUGUGUCCAGCCUGUUGGUGCUCACGCUGCUGCUGUACACGGCGCUGCGGUGCUCGGCGCCGCCCACCCAGGGCGCUUGCGGGCCGGGGAAGCCCACGCUGGUGUGCUCCAGCGCGGUGGAGAGCUGGUCGUAUUCACAGCAGAGGAGGCAGAGGGUGUGCUCUGGGGAGGGGCCGCCCAAGACCGACCUCAUGGCCUUCAGUCCUUGUCUUUCACAGUCACGAGAAGAUUGUUUAAAUCCUUCCAGUGAAGUAAGUCAUUGAUAUCAUUUAAGUAUAUUUGUUUCCUUUAAAAACUUUGUGUUAGGGUAUAAAUGCAUCGUCUUUUUUAUUUUUUUCUUCAUAAUGUUAUCCUUUAAACCAUCGAAUAUGUCUUCUGUAGCAUGAUCAUUCUUAGUCAUUUUGAACUUUUCAUGUAUUUGCCCAACUUUUCAAGUAUUAAUGAAGGAGAUAUAUAGAUGAAAUGGAGGCUGUGGAUCACCACACUUUAAAAUCAUCUUGUUCUUUUAGUUUUCCUAUUAUCUAUGAAGAAUUAGCCUUGAAAAAUAUCAGUACGUGAGAGUAAAAACUGUCUGGAUGUUUGAUAACUCUUAAAUUUAUUUUUAUUUUGAAGUUAAUUUCAUGAU